ACUGAUGCGACAUUUUCGGGCCGUGGAAAUAGAAGCAGAGUGAUACCUCUGCUGUUUCCUGCUCUGUGGAUCGCACCUGGUCGCUCCGGUCAGGUGACUUUCUACUUUACCUGUGGCAAAACACUGAACCGCGGAGAUAGAAACUUUCAAGUUACGGGUUGUUUCGGUGAAAUACAGCAGGGGAAAUCAACAGAUGUGGCCAAAAAUGACUCUUGACAACUGGAGGAAGCUUUACUAACACUAAGACCCUUGACAGUACAACGGGUAUCGAGAGAGAACAGUUGAAUUUAAAAAGACAAACAUGUCUGGCCAAGGUGAUUUAAUGUUAGAGUUAAUUGAAGAUGUGGCACUUUUAUCUGCUGCUCCAACUGCAGAGCCACAAAUUGCAGGAAAUAAAAAUCUACAAGAGUGCAACGGUGUUGAGGAAAGAAACAAAUUUACAGAAGAGGAGGAAGCUCAAGAGGAGGAAGUGACCAGCUCUGGUCCUGUGGAGCUGAGCACGUUACUAUGGACUGUAGACAAAGACAAAGAACCUAAGAUGGACAUCAGUGAUGGAGACCAGUCAGAAAAUGGAGUUUCAGAGCCUGAAGAGAAGAAUGCAGGACUCAGUAGAGGAAGUCUAGACCUGUCAGAGGAGCAGAGCCAGGCUGAGAGCGACACAAAGAGCAAAGUCAAAUGGAGGGACAGCAUGCCUGAGGGUGAGAGGUGGAGGCACGAUGAAAGGGAUGGCUCACUGGCAGAUGAUGAAUAUGAGGAAGAGAACGAGGAAGGAAGAGAAUGGAACUGGAUCUCUGAGAAAGCUGCUCUGGGUUUCACUCCAGAAGUCACAAUUGUGCAUCCGUCCAGCAAAGAGUUUUCUGAGGAGAGCCAGCACUUCGUGGAGAAGGAUGUGGCAAAGGAGCCACAGGUGGAGCCCGUCUCUGUGCUGCAGCUCGACUCGGAGUGGACAGAGCAGGAUGAUAAAUACGACAUGUGUGAGCAUCUGUGCAGUGAGAAACUGAGGCUGGUUCUAGCGACACUGGCUGCAGGGCUCCUCUUCCCUCUCCUGGUGUGGGGAGGUUACAGCCUCCUUCCCUUUGACUCUCCACUGCUGGAGAGCACCCCCCUCAGGGUGGUGUACACACUACGCUGCUCCUUCUUCGCCACCUUACCCAUCCUUCUCGGUGUGGUCGUGCAGGGCGUGGCCCGGCUGCGUUACAGCACGCUGAAGCCCCUCUAUCAGAAUAAACUGGUGAACAGAGAGGUGGCUGUGCACUGGCACUACGUGAGUGAAUCGAUGACCCUCUUCCUCUUCUACUUCCUGCAGCUCGCCAUCAUGGCAACCUACAUCAGCCAGGAUCUGGUCAAAUUGGUGCCACUGCUGACCAUCGUAUUUGUUUUUGGCCGGCUGAUCUACUGGCUCUGCCUCUCUCUGAGCAGCAGCAUGAGAGGCUUUGGCUUCGGCUUCUCCUUCUUCCCCAUACUGAUCAUGCUAGGCACCAACCUCUACUAUGUGUGCUCAUCAGUUGGAACAGGGGCAGUUUUUGACGUAGCACCACCCACGACGGCUCCUCCUCCCAGGCAACGCUGGUUUGGUUAAAGGGAAACGUCUAAAACGCGAUGAGAAACUAAGAGACAAACAACCUGAAACAUCUUUUAAUAUUAUGGCUAAACAUCACUCAGGCAAAUUGGCUUGUUUGGUGUCUUUUAAAUGCUAAAUCACUAUGAGAAUGCAGACAGCAGCGGAUGCAGGUGUAUGGUUUGUUGUAAGACGACUUGCAGAAUAAACAACUUUUAAAUA